AUGAAGCGGUUUGGUGAAGUCUUGGGAUAUUUGCACAUAGCAGUGGCCUUACACAUGAUACGCGAGCAAAACCGCUCCUCUACCAUGCGAUGUCAACAUCCUAAAGAAUCACGUGCACAUGAUAUGAUCAUGCAACAUCAGUGGCUAACCAGCACAGAUAGCGUUGAAGUAACGGAUCAAAUGACGGUUUUUGUGCGGUAG